AUGUUAAUUACACUGCUUAAUCAGAUAAUACCAAAAUUGAAAUGUUUUACAUUGAAAAGUUUUAUUUCUGCUGAUUUUGAAUUUACUUAUUUAAAAUGGCGUCUUAAUAAUUUAAAUCAUAUAAAAAAAUUAGAAAUUCAUUUAUAUAGUAGAGAUAUAUGGAAGGAAGAUCGAUUAACAUGGAAAUCUAUUAUUGAUGCAAAUUUUAUUCGUCAAUAUUGUUUAUCUGAUCAAAUAAUUUAUUUAAAAUAUUUUUAUUUUUAUAUUUGUGCACAACGUCAAUCAUUGUUAAAUAAUAUUUCAGAAAUAAUUAAUUCUUUUAAAAUAAAUUCGUUUUUUAUUUCACAUCAAUGGACAAAUGUUCAAUGUUUUUAUGAUGAAAAUAAAUCAUGUCAACAUAUAUUCUCUUCUAAUCUUAAAAAACUUCAACGUUCUAUUAUUUUAUUGUAA